UUGGAAUUCUGCAAAUGUUUUGGCGUUCGGCUUGUGUCACGUGUCGGUGGCAAUGAUUUGCAAUAUCAAUGUGAUUGUGCCACCACCGCUCAAACGUUCAAAAGGUGUUCUGGUGCGAAUAGUCCAAGAAGUACGUUGGCUUGAGAGGAGAUGGAUAUCAUGCAAAGGUCUUUUAAUACGGUUCUUGUGCAUGGCAAGGAGAGUCAAGAUCUGCUGUCUCUUUUGAAGCCUAGAGCCAGUAUGCAGAACGUGUAAAACCUGUCCGUCAAUUAGAACACCUCGUAUCAUAGGCUUCUCAGUGUAUUCCCAUGUAAUCAAACCUCAACAAGGUGAUAUAGCCCAAGAUGCAACGUCCUGCAAGGUGCUAAAGGGUACCCAAUGGUGCUGAACAUGGAUGAAUCUCUCCAAGCAACUUUUAUUCCAAUGUUUCAAUUAUAAUGUGGUGGAUCAUUCUCUAAAGAGGGUCAUGAUCCAUGUUCGCUUCCUACUUCCCAUUGAAUCCUUUCUUGAGUCCAUCCUUUGGCAAUUCACCUUUUGCUCUUCCAUCUCUCUUCCUCUCCUCCCCUCCAUCUUGAAGGAAAACAAACAAGAAAGAAAACGCGACACAAAUUCUCAGCCAAAUAUCCCAUUUUGAAAUUUCAAUCAAUAAGCAACUUUAGGAAAGUUGCGGUCAGAGCGAAGCUUUCUGAGCAUUCUUGGCCUUUGUCGACUUUUUUACCCGAUUCUUCUUGUUUAAAUAACACCAGGAGGUUUCUCUUGUCUCCCAUCUGUAAACCUCAUCGUUACUCACUUCCCAACCAAAAACCCUCCAAUCUCCAAUGCUCACAGCGGUCUACGCGACCCUGUAUGCCCUCUCUGUGGGGUUAACAGGGCUCCUGUGCGUCUUGUCCCAACUUCCUUCUCCUGCAAACAGUUCAAGGAAAUAUCGUUUCAAUGUCCUGAUUCUAUCAACUUUGAUAACCGAAUUUCCGCAAGUGUUUCUCUUUUUUAAAUUCCUCAUCCUCUACUUUGCAACCAAAGUCGGAGUAUUCGAACUUGCAUACUCGAACUGGCUGUAUCGCCUUGAUAUCGUCGUCUUUCUGACCAUCUGGGGAUUAUUUCUUCAAUGCUAUUUCGCCCGUUAUGUCGUGGAGGAACAGACCAAAGUUUUUCGGGCUGCGGAUUCGCAUGAUCCUCCGGGAUUCUUUCACCUCGGCUAUUGGUUUCGCUUGUUAAAUCCCUUUUGGUCGGCCAGAAAUGUCAUGGUCCAUCCCGACAUUGUUUACGCCUCUGAGGAAGAGUUGAAACAAGCCGGUCCAGCCGCGGAACCCUACAUGUCCUUGGACGUCCACAUCCACCCAAGCUAUCCCCGGCACCGCCCAGUCCUCAUAUUCAUACACGGUGGCUCCUGGUCGAUGGGCGAUAAAACGAUUUCCCCACCAUUCAUCUCUUACCUCGCCCUUAAGCGCUGGGUCGUCGUCUCCGUAAAUUACCGGCUUUCGCCGCACGCCAAAUACCCCGAUCACCUCAUUGAUGUCAAACGGGCCAUUAGGUGGGUUAGACAGAAUAUUGGGCGAUACGGAGGUGACCCAAAUUUUGUUGCGUUGGCCGGUAACUCUGCCGGUGGACAUUUGGCAGCCAUGGCAGCCAUGACACAAAACGACCCGUUCUACCAACCCGGCUUUGAAUCUGUCGAUACAUCUGUUCAAGCAUGUGUUGGCAUCAAUGCCGUUCUUGAUUUGACAAACCACAAACGCUACUGGAGACAUAAAUUCCAGGACUGGUUUGCGAAACAGAUUUUGGGCAAGGAAGAAGGCUUCACCCCCAAUGAAGAAUUCCUCAAACUCUCGAGUCCAGUCAUCCUAUUGAAGCAGAUGGAGGCGGAGCGGAGAAGGAGUAACGCCGCCAGUUUGGGAGAAAAGGUGACGGCCGCGGAUACAAAAGAGGAAGGAUCCAAAAUGCCUAAAGCUGUCAAUGGGACAGAACAGUUGCCUCCCUUUUUACUGUUCCACGGCCGCGCCGACAUUCUCGUCCCAUUCCGUUCCGUUCGCGAUUUCGUCCAAAGUUACAAGAAGAUCUCCAAAGAGCCAAUUUGCUAUGUGGAAUUCCCUAAUGCAAAUCACAUGUACGAUAUUCUUUCUGCCCCACGUGCCCACUACAUGGCAUACGGCAUCGAGCGCUUCUUAGGUAGAAUGUAUGAACGUCAUAUCGGAGACAGACAUAUCAAAAAGGAUUAGCAUAGAUUAGGUAGAUCAUUGGGGGGCUUUUGGAGCACUUGUGGGGUAUUGCCUCAAUUUCACGGGUCAAUAGUGGGACCCAAGUAUUUAUAGAGGACUUAGAAUCCACUCUCACGCA